CGGACCGCUGCGUGACAGUUGUGUGAGGAAAAUUGAGAAUUAUGAAGUAGGAUACUUUCCUAUUUAUUGUGUUUAAAUGACAGCAGGAAGAGAAACCAUGGGAGAGCAGCCGAUCUUCACGUGCAAGGCCCACGUGUUCCACAUAGACCCGAAGACGAAGAGAUCUUGGAUGUCAGCUAGUUCAGCGGCUGUUUCGGUGUCAUUCUUCUACGAUUCAUCCCGUAAUCUGUACCGGAUCAUCAGCGUUGAGGGCACCAAGGCGGUGAUAAACAGCACGAUCACAGCCAACAUGACCUUCACUAAAACCUCCCAGAAGUUUGGACAGUGGAGCGACGUGCGAGCCAACACCGUAUACGGGCUGGGAUUUGCAUCGGAGGCGGAAUUAGGAAAAUUCAUAGAAAAGUUCCAAGAGGUGAAAGAGGCGAUCCAAGCCCAGCAGUGCGCUGCCACUAAGGCCACUAACGGCUCAGGCGCCGCCACGCCAGUUGCCUCUGCCACCGCCAGUCCCCUACUGGCAGCUCGGGCAGCGGCUGACGAACCACCGGCGCUGUCUCCGGCACAGCCGAAGGUGGAAAAUGAUGAGAUGAUGGUACAUCAACGAGCUCACUCCGUCUCCUCCUCUCUACAGGGUGGCUACGCGACCGUAGGCCGUUCGCCCCGCCCACCAGCUACGGCUACGAGUGCUACGGACGUAGACGACACACAGCUCAGAUACGAAAAUGAUAGGCUGAAAUUAGCUUUGGCACAGAGUUCUGCGAACGCGAAGAAAUGGGAGGUAGAGCUGGCUACCCUCAAGAGUAAUAACCUCCGUCUGACGGCCGCCCUGCAGGAGAGUACAGCCAAUGUUGAUGAAUGGAAGAGACAACUACAUCAGUAUAGAGAGGAAGUCGCCAGGGCGCGACAUUACGCUACUGGCAAAGGUGGUGACGCUAACGAGGUGGAACAGCUAAGGCAACGUGUUGCGCAGCUUGAGGCUGAACUGGCGCAGAAGAACGAAGAAUUGGCUCAGAUCACCAAGUCUAAGAAGAGUGAACAGGACGCUGAAGCCAAAUUGGCUCAGAGUCAACUGGAGUUAGCGCUGGCGGCUCAGGACGGGCAGCGGCAGGUACUGACGGCGCUAAACGAUCAGCUCGCACGGCAGAUAGAAGAACUGAGCAACGUCCAUCGUGAGAUCAGCACCGCUUUACAGACAUGAGCCGCGCCCGGGCGCCGCCUGCCGCUGUUGUUGCGACACACGCCGUGACACACGCACGCACACACGGCCGGGGACGCGUACACACACACGGACAUACACACAUAGAUAGCAAUGUUCCAAUACAAGAAACACGUGUACAAUCAACGAACAGAGAAUAUACACCACACACACACACACGCUGACGUACACACACAAAUAUAGGCGCGUUGUAAUACAAUAACACAUGUACUAUUAGUCAACACAAUAUGCACAGUACACACACGCCCGUAUGCUUACACACACACUCGCAUAGCCAUUCAAACAGUUUCUGAUUUACAAACACAUGUACAAUUAUCAACACAGAUAAUAUAGCCCACUACAUCUGUAUGCUUUAUACACAUUCCGAAAACAUACACUCCAAAAAUACUCGGACAUGAUAUGUAUACAAUACACUUAUGUACAAAAACCACACAUAUGGACGAUUCGCGACGAACACUAACAGACAAACUAUAUACUAUUAUAUAUAUUUUAACUCCUACAAAGACUUUGUUUUAUAAAUAGGCUCGAAUUAAACGCUUAAUAUACUAGAUAUACACUCGAACUACACGCCAAUACACACCACUAUGUAUCAUGACCGCCAACAUUGGCCAUGAUUGGCCAUGAUUGGCCACUAUGGGCCACUCACUACCACUAUGACAUGCAAAACUUCGUAUAAUGUGUCAAAUGUAAAUUGUCUUUUUAGUUUUAUUUCAAUAAUAUGUAUGUGCUAUUGAAUUUUCAUAUUAGAAAAGCGACAUCUGUAGUAGUUUCUCGAACUAAAUUAAAUUUGUAUUAUGAUUCACGUAAGGAUACUUCAUCGCUACCACGGGUUCGUACUGCUAACUAAAAGGUUUGUUAUCGGUCGAAAUUUAAAUUCGUGGUUAGAUAAAAAUUAAUCAAUUAAAUGAAAUAAAAUAAUUAUUUCAGUAUUAAAUGUAAUUAAAACUCUUAUAUAUAUAUAUUAUAUGUAAUUAAUGUUAAUCGUCUCAAAAUUUCCUAAAAAUAUUGUUAUUAUACCACCGUUUAAUGAGUCACGUUUUAAUAAAACUCCGAUGCCAUAACUAGUUAGCCACUGAAAUCGGUCAAAUUAAUGUAUGUAUGACACUUAGCUUAUUAUUGUGUCGAUGUUUCUAUAGAUGUAAAUGUAUAAUUUAUACAUUAUUAGAUUAGCUAAGGAGAAUUAUUCAUAUUGUAAUGAAUUUUUGAUAUGUUUGAGUUAUGUGUCCACACCCACCUAUGUUGUAAAUGCCAAAAAUAUAUAGACAUAGAGGUUCCCCGAUGACUGCUGUAGUCAUAUUAACUUGGAUAGUUCAUAAUCUAGUUAAUAAUUCUAUAUGUUAGAUUUUAAUUAUAUUUUUUAUUAUUAUUAUUAUUAUAAAUAUAUAAGUAGCUUUAAUGGUAAGCGGACAAAAGUAUUCCUGGUGGAGCGAUCUGCAUUUCUUGAUAUUAUAACAUUAUUGUGUACGGUUCAUAUAUAUUUUAGUUUUUAAAUGCUUUAUAUAGUUAAGUGUGACAAUUCUAUCCGUAUAUGGGGACGUUUUUAUUAAUUUUUUUUUUUUUUCAGUUUUCAAACCCUGUGCGUAGAACCCUUAGCAAAUUAGUUGAUCGUCACAGAUAAUAAAAGUAUAUAUUAUAUAUAUAUACAUAGAAUAUUCCGUUUAUUAUCUGUGACGAUAGAAAUUUAAAAAUGGAACAAGAAUAACAAAAUAAUAAUAUCAUUGAAAAAGGCUGAGGACUUAUUAAUAUACAAUGUCUUCUUAACAGGGUAUAUUUCUUUUUGUUGUGUAAUUUUUUAAAUAGUGAUUGUUAUUCGAUUUUGAACUCAAUUUCUUAUUGCAACAAGAUACAUAACACUAUCUGUUCAUAGUUUCAUAUAAUAAAAUAGCUUUUAAUAUGUAGGUGAGGUUAUCAUUACAUAGACUAUAUCUGUUAGUUAGUGGUUAGAUAGUUUUAUAAUUUAAUCAUUAAUUUAUUUAACGUUCUGUAUAGAUGUAGCUAAGUUGUUUCUAUGUACAAUAGAUGAUUGUUAAUUUCUUAUAUAUAUAUAUAUUAAUAUAAUUAUUGUUACAAUAGUCUAGUUGUAUCGGCCGUAACGACCGAUCUCAAUCGGUUUGCCAAUGUAUGGGUCGCUGUAACUGGUUGUAUAUUGUAACUAGGUAAUUUUAUUAUUAGAUAGUCUGCAUUGCAUUUGUAUGUUUGUAGGUGAUUUUUUUUUGUUUUUUUUUUGGUGCUAUUUUUUAUUUUUUAUUUAAUUCGAUGUUUCCGUUUCCGUUGUCGUCAAGUGCAAUUCAGGCUAUAUGUACGUAUUCUUCCAUUAGACGUAGUCGCUGUACUACUAUGCGUAUUAACAAUAAAUUGAUGAUUUAAA